GAAACACAUCUCAUUACAGCGAGGACGUGUUCACGAAUUUAAGCGGUCAGUUCCGAUUUUAAUUACGAAUGCAAUAAAAAUAUGAAUCUGUUAACAAUAAAUGUGCUACUGAUACUAGUAGUAGUAGUCACUACAGUCGCAGAGCCGAGAGACGUUUUUUGCUGCGAGGAAGAUGUGGAAGUUAGAGAUGGUGUUUGUGUUAAAGACAAUUCGACCACUCCCGUCAGCCUCUCUUGUAAGACAUACGUUCAUAUUACCGAUAUGGAUUUUGAGAUAAUCGAUGAUGGUACUAUGUUCUUACUCAACGGAGACGAAGAACUGAGACAGGAGAAAGGCAGCUACUGUGUCUGGAACAGAACCAGUGAUUCUGAUGGAGUGCUGGUGAUCUGUGAUGAUGAUCAGCAACACGACGUCAACGAUGAGACAGUCCUCGGAUACUGUAUGUUCAUAUCCGGCAUCUUCCUGAUGUUAACCGCACUCGUGUAUUGUUUGUUACCAGACGUAAGAGAUUUGCUAGGGAAGAGUAUUAUAAACAUGUGCGCAAGUAUGGGCAUAGCCCAGUGCGUCAUGGCUGGCAUGAAAUUAGUUGCCUACUCAGACAUGGCCCUAUGUGCUGCAAGAGGUUUUUUCGCGUACUACUUCUUUUUGUCAAGUUUCUUUUGGACAAACGCCAUUUCUAUACAGUUUCUAAUAAGAUUAAGACGGCCCAUCAAAGCAGACUACGGAUGGAGGCGGUUCCUUUAUUACGCACUGUACGCGGAUGGCGUUCCAGGUGUAUUGACGGGUGCAAUAGCUGUAGUCAACUUCUACCCCGGCCGCCACAUUAAACCUGGUAUUGGGUUGAAUCACUGCUGGUUCAUCGACAGCAGGCAGCAGUGGUGGUACAUGUACAGCGUCAUGAGCAUCCUCAUACUGGCUAACAUUGCCAUCUUCUUCUACUUGUCGAUACAGCUGUGGAAGUCCGCAGUUUCCUCGUCAAACAUAAAAGGGUUAAAAUAUAUAUUCCUUCUUACGUUAAAAUUGAUUGUGGUUAUGGGUCUGCCGUGGGUAUUUGAACUUAUCAGUUCUUUAGCCGGAAAAAGCUUAAUAUGGGUAGUGAUAGACAUUUUCAAUGCCCUGCAGGGGCUGGUAAUAUUCUACAUACUGGUGGUGAUAAGGAAGCGUGUCAUUAAGGCACUGCACAAGAAUGGAUAUCUGGAUUGUAUAUCCGACGCAGUCGAGAGGUACUUGUCGGUGGGUGACGAUGAAGAGGAUUACAUAGUUCAUCACACGAACAUCUAGGUGCCUUCUAAACUUGGGGUUUUAGUGGGUAGUUUCCCCGUCCGGGAAGGCUCACAUACCUCAGGGAGAGCGAAAAAUGGGGGCGACCACCCACGGCCUCGCGGUCCAAGGGGCCUCGCGCCUCUUUGACCACGAGAAUUUUUCUUAAGGAUGUACGAGUUUAAUUACUUAAUUUUUUAU